AUGGCUGAUAUGGACCGAUUAGGCUACGAUCAGCCGAGCAAGGCGGUGGAGUGGCUGCUCGCGGCAGCAGCUAGCUCGAUUGCAGAGUUGCCGCCGAACAAUUCCCCCUUUCCGGCGGCGGUCGGUGGUAGCAGCAGCUUCGAGACCUCGAUUGCCAGAUCUAAGAAGGCGGUUAAGGAAAAUGAGAACGAGAAAUCUUCUUAUGUUGCUUCCUUCCCCGGGCUAUUGAGCGGAGGCAAGGAUGCAUCUGAUGAGAAUUCCAAUAGUGAAGCGGCCAGGCUGGCGGUGGCAAGCGGGCAGCGAAGUAGCGAGGCGGAAGGAACGGUGGUCGUAGAAGCACUGAUGAGGGAAAGAAAGAGAGCUAGAGAAGAGGAUAUGGUGGCGCCUUCUCUACGAUGA